CCAGCGAGCAGCGUCAGCCCGGACGUGGACGUGGGACGUGAAAUGUGCUCAAGUCGAGCGUGAAUCCUUUGGACUAACAACAUCAUCAUCAUCUUCGCUGUGGUUAAAAGUAGCUUCGAGCUUUCUUUCUUUCUUUUUUUUUUUUACAUUUUAUUUGAAAUUCUUCUUUUUGGGGGGUGGGGCGAGAGACUCCUUUUUCCCGGGACGCGGGUUCGACGCGGAGGACGCGUUUAUGGAUCCGUGCGCGACCCCCGGCUGCACCCGGACGUCAUCCGACGCUCAGCGGUCGCUCCUCGGUCAUGACUCGGCGCUUCUGCCCCGCUUGUGAACUUUGAUCCAGAAAAUUCGCUUUUUCUUUUUCCUCGUCCGCUCCUCAUUUUCGUUUCGUUGCUCCUGCCUCCUGCGUUACAAAAACAAAUAAACAAACCAAACGCGUGUGUGGAGGGGAUAGCAUGGCAAUGGUAGUAAACCAGUGGCCAGAGAACAUUUCCGGCGACCCGGGCUCGCAGCUGCAGAUUUGCGGCCAGGAUCCCGGCGGGGGCGGCGGCGGCGGCGGCGGCGGCGCGCCCGGGACGCCCGCCGGCUCCACGCCGGGCACCGUGGACGGGCUGUCCGGGGACAAGCUGCAAGCCAACGUGGACUGCAUGGUGUGCGGGGACAAGUCGAGCGGCAAGCACUACGGCCAGUUCACGUGCGAGGGCUGCAAAAGCUUCUUCAAGCGCUCGGUGCGCCGCAACCUGUCGUACAGCUGCCGGGGCAACCGCGACUGCCCCAUCGACCAGCACCACCGCAACCAGUGCCAGUACUGUCGCCUCAAGAAGUGCCUCAAAGUCGGCAUGAGGAGGGAAGCCGUCCAACGUGGACGCACGUCCAACUCCCAGAGCAGCCCGGGCCAGUACCUGAGCAACGGCGGCGACCCGUACAACAACCAGCCGUACCUGUCGGGCUUCAUCUCGCUGCUGCUGCGGGCCGAGCCCUACCCGACGUCGCGUUACGGCGCGCAGUGCAUGCAGGGCAACAACCUGAUGGGCAUCGAGAACAUCUGCGAGCUGGCCGCGCGUCUGCUCUUCAGCGCCGUCGAGUGGGCCAAGAACAUCCCCUUCUUUCCGGACCUGCAGCUCAUGGACCAGGUGGCGCUGCUGCGCAUGUCGUGGAGCGAGCUGUUCGUCCUGAACGCGGCGCAGUGCUCCAUGCCGCUGCACGUGGCGCCCCUGCUGGCGGCGGCCGGCCUGCACGCCUCGCCCAUGUCGGCCGAGCGGGUGGUGGCCUUCAUGGACCACAUCCGCGUCUUCCAGGAGCAGGUGGAGAAGCUCAAGGCGCUCCAGGUGGACACGGCCGAGUACUCCUGCCUCAAGUCCAUCGUGCUCUUCACGUCCGACGCGAUGGGCCUGUCGGACGUGGCCCACGUGGAGAGCAUCCAGGAGAAGUCGCAGUGCGCCCUGGAGGAGUACGUGCGGAACCAGUACCCGAGCCAGCCCAACCGCUUCGGCCGCCUCCUCCUGCGUCUGCCGUCGCUGCGCAUCGUGUCGUCGCCCGUCAUCGAGCAGCUCUUCUUCGUGCGGCUGGUGGGGAAGACGCCCAUCGAGACGCUGCUGCGCGACAUGCUGCUGUCGGGCUCCAGCUACAACUGGCCCUACGUGCCCGCCGCCGUGCCCCGCGACAGACCCAUCUCGCUGCACUACAACGACAACGGGCCCUGAGACCAGCACCCAGAAAACAGACAAACAAAAUGGCGGAGAGAGCCAUGAAAACCACAAGCCAUUUAAAAACAAACAAACAAACAAACACAACAUUUUUUUGACAAGGUUUUAUUGUGCGUUUAUACGACAGAGAGAAAAGUCACGAUUGUGUCCGUAUGUACAGUAUGUCGGCCGCUGGGGGGGGGGGGGG